GGUUUGUUCGGUCCGCGGCGGCGGUCGAAGUCUGCGUGCGCGUUGUCGAUUCCAGUCCGUGCGCUCCUGACACGCGGAAAAACCGAGCACGGACGCGAUCGUCUCUGCAAACGUGGCGCUGCAACGGACGCUCGCCGCUGUCUAUCGCGUCGACUUGGACAGCGACGACACAGUGGACAACGACGUCGACGCCGACUCGAGCGUCGGUGUACGACCCCCCCGUCUCGAGCGACGGGCUACGCAGGGUUUGGACCCCGCGUUUCGCGAGGAGGAGUACGGCACUCCGGUUAUCUCCACCACCGGUCGUCGGAACUGCAGGAGUUUGUGUUGUUCUCCGAACGUCGUCGUGGCAGGGACUGGCAGCCCCGACCGGCGUUGCGGCCGACGCUCGUCAUCCCCGGCGGGUGCGGAUAGGAAGCCGGAAGGCGAGCCAAUCCGGACGGGAAGCCACUCAGAGGCCCCAGUGACGUCGCCACUGGGAAUGACGUGACGCCCACUACACCGAGGCCACUGUCGCUGCUCCUUCUGCUCGGGCAUGGUGAGGUCUCGAGGCGAGGACACGGCGGCCCACGAAGAGGACCCGCUGGGCGCCGAGGAUUGGCCCGGAGAGGCGCGCCAGCCCGAACGGAAGCGACCCCGCCUGUCCAACAGCACGACCAACAACGAUGCCAGUGCCAUCAACGUUGCCAACAACGCCGCCACCGUCGACCUCAACAGUCACGACAGCGUGUCGUCCGACGACCACGGGCAUCCAAAGUCCCGCGACUCCAGCGCCGGAACCACUGCGGCGGCGGCGAACGGCGGCACGCCACCGCCGACGCCGCCGCCUCCCGCGCAGCAGUUGUCACCGGGGGCGACGACAGAUGGCGCCAGGAGACGGCCCCCGCCCCCGUCGUCUGGCAACGCUCCCGGGGGAGGAGGGGGAGGAGGACGGAGACGUCGCAGCGCCCUCUCUGCGCGGGAAAGGAAUCUACGCCGGUUGGAGAGUAACGAGCGGGAGAGGAUGCGAAUGCACUCACUCAACGACGCCUUUCAGGCGCUACGCGAAGUCAUCCCUCACGUUGCGAUGGAGAGGAAGCUGUCCAAGAUCGAGACGUUGACGCUCGCUAAGAACUAUAUAAUGGCGCUGACGAAUGUGAUCUGCGACAUCCGUGGCGACCCCAAGCCCUACCAGUUCUGCCCCGCCGAAUUGCCGCUGCACGACGACGACGACGACGAUCUCGAAGACGACGACGACCUCAAGGAAGACGACCUCUCGGUCAGCGACGGAAGUGCGCCCUGAACACAAGACGGCGUCGCCCGCCGUCGCAAGCCGAGCUUAGCCGCCCGGCCCCGCACAGCUAUGCACCCCGCCGCUGGCGCAACAUGCGAUCGCAGCGCCACGUCGACCGCAUUUUCGCCACCAUCACAACCGCCGCAGCGUCUGGAAAACUCGGCUAGGAGUGCCCUCUGAGGGGACUUUCACGAACUUGGCCGCGGGUGGGUUUUCCGGUGCCAUCUUGCGAGUGUUUUAUUUCCUUCGUGUAUGUGUGUGUGUAUGUGUGUAUUCUGGGGAUGUUGAGGACUGGAGAGACUGAUUCCUCGCGGGGUUCGAAUCCCGGUACUUUUCAAGGACAAGCUGCUCAUUUACGUCACGAAUAUCGGAUUGUUCCGCAGCGCUCCAAGCGGGCGGAGAGCCAAACUUUAGCAUCGAGCAGUUUUGGAAGAAAGCUCAAGGCGACGCCAAACCUUUUGAUCGUUUUCUUUCUGUUCUUUCAUGAGUGAGGUGCAUGCAUGUUCGGAUAUCGGAAGAGGGGGUCGUGCGUUUAUGAUUAUCAGAUACGAUGAGCCCCUCGACAUUGUUUGUGUCACGGUUGGUCUUGGAAGAUGAAGCAGUGAGGGAGUGUCAGCAGACGAGAACGGUUCGAUGGCAGACGACGUUCGGUUUGGAGACAACGGUUUGUGACCGAUGCACUGGCGGUGCCAUUUGUCGCCGCAAGUGGUAGGACUCACAAUUUACUGAGAUCUCGUUGAAGUGACAUCUUGUGUUGUUCAUAUCAGCCGCGUAUGAUAUUGUCUGUUCGCAAGCGCGUGCAGGCGUUUGGUGUGAUGUUGCACCUAUAUGCCCGAUUUACUAGAUGCGAUCGGUGGACCUAUCAGUGGCGAAGACGUGGCGCGCAAGCGAUCGUAGCGCCGCCUCUGGUCCGUAUUACAAUCGAAAACAAAAAAAUCACUCCCGGACCGACAAUCUGGCGCAGCUUUCUCGUGACGUCACCACUGCGUCGGUGUUUUGUUUUUAGGUUCUUCCUUUGUUUUCGCAAAUAUAUAUAUAUAUUUUUGUUUCGCGUCUUCGUUGUUGCCGUUGUAGUUUAUGUCGUGCGGGAGUUGUGACUAUGCAAGUUCGCUUCCCCAGGACGAAAUAUCGCAUGCAUGCCCAGGUGCUCCUCAACCAACCACUCUGUCUUCAAUCUUUUCCCGCCCUUCCCUCUCUCUCAAGCGAUGACGAUGAUGAUGUCGAUGACGACACUGCUUGUGAUGAUGAUGAUGGUGGUCCAUGUCAUCGGCAUCUGUUGGUCGAACAUUUGAGCCCGUGAUACUGCUCGCAGUUGUUACCUUCUCGUCUGUUUUAUUUAUAUUAUUUCUGAAGCGGGUCGGACAUUUCGAGGGAACUGCCACCUACAGCCCUUGCUGCUAUCAUCCGAUGGCACAUUCUUAAGCUUGGUUUGUGAUCGCGCAUGUGAAGAAUGAUGACCUGCCUCAAGAUUUGGUUCAGCUAAGAAUUGGAAUAGCGUAAUGUAUCCUGUUUUAAUUUUUCUUUGGAAAAUGUCACUUCACUGUGCAAGCGCAAAUAUGCAAUUCGUUUUCAGCACUGCCAUUCGAAAGAAAGUUUCCGAGUUGCUCAGUUCUGAAAUUCACUUACAUAGCUACCUUUCGUUGGUUGCCAAACCUAAACAAAUACAUCGAGCAGCACAGUAUUGAUCAAGUUGCGUUACCAACUAUCCCCUACUCAAGCCAAACAUCAUCCGUGCUUUGUUUUUUUUUUUUUUUUUUUUUAUCAGUUCAAAAUGACACCAUGACAAAUGCGUAAGUAACAAUGUGCUUACGGUGAUACACAGGUAGGGGGCUUGUUACUCUCAAGAUUAGUCGGAGUUGGAAAUCCUAAUUUGUUUCACUGAGAUCAAUCCCGCAUUUCCCAGUAUCUCCAGCAGAUAAAUCUGGUUGAGCAACAAUUCUCGACAACUCGUGCAGCAGCUCAGCAGUGCAGGCGGAAGCAGAUAUUGUGAACAUCGCAAAUGCUCUACCUUGGUCGCUUAAAAUGGUGGCGUUACAUCUAGUACUUGCAGACGCGUCAAAUCCGAGCCCCUCAAGAAAGGUGCACUAUGCCUGUCCGCUCCAAGCGGGCAUUUCGCGAAGAUAGCGAGCAAAUAAGUGCGUAUGACUCCCGUCUGGUGGCGCCAGGUAGGACAUAAUAUAUGUCGUGUGGAGAAGGCUACCCUUCUCUUUGCAGCAAGCAGCAAAGUCACUGUCCUGUUAACGGCCCUUUCUAUGGUUUCUAAUAGGAAAUCCUACAGACCCACACACCGUUUACAAACAAAUCAGCGUUUGUCCAUACCAAGUGCGGGUGCGGCGCGUGACGUUAGACCCGCCUGUGGGUGUACCGUGUAUUAAAAGUAUGUCAGAAGAGCAGUUUUCAUAGCGCGUCUUUACACAUGACUGAGAAAUCGUAAAAACGCCGCUGAAGCAGGAGACCGAAAGCUCGCGUUGCACCGACUUUCCUGCUUUCGACUGCUUUUAAUUGGCUUUGUGACAGUUAAGUGGCGCCACUUACCCAUAGCUCAUGCUACGAGGGGCAGCUCUACUUCAAGCGCACGUCAUUGGGAAGCAGAGUUGACAGGCACAGUGUAACUUUUAUUGAAGGCGCUGGUCCAACAAACCAGUUGUCAGAUGAAUUCAUUGGGUAGCCGUAAAGCUGCUCUUGUCAUGUCGGCAGGCCGUGUUGAUUGUUCGCUUUCUGGGACUUGGGCGUCGUGUAACAAAAGAAAGAAUCGUAGAGCACCGUGUUUGUUCCUCGAAAAGGGGUUCGUAACUAUUGUGUAAAGAUGGUGGUCUUUUGAGUCGUUUUACACACGCUUGGUGGUAUAUCCCGUUGUGCCAAAUACUUUGGAAGCGGCAUGCUGAAAACUUGGGUCAAAUUAUUGGUUUGCAGGAAAUUAGAGCGUUUUCUUGAGGAAAAAAAAAAAGUAUGGUUAGCACUUAUUACUGCAUGCUGUGUCAAUGGUCUUGCCCAGAGUUGUUCUCGAAAUGAUUUCGCACCGUGCCGCACUCCUUGAAUAAUGGACGCUUCAAGUGGUGCAAGUUCUCCGAAAUACGUGUAUUUGGGACGUCGCACGAGCAGCAUUAUCAUCAUCACCCUUGCGGUAUCUCGCAAAAGUGUGCGCCAUGUGCAUCCUUGCUGCGUUGCCAAGAUGCACCUUCUUUCGAAAAUUCGCACCUUAUGAAACGGCCUUUUGGAGUAGGCAUGCAGAGGUUUGCAAGCAGGCACGCUUCAAGCGCCAGCCUGGCCUCCAAGGAUGAAGGAUGCUUUGUUUGGACGCCAGUCUGCCAACUCUGGGCACGCCUUAGCAAGGCUUAAUCACCAGGCGAUGUACCACACCCCAGCCGCAAGAGGCUGUACUUGCAAACGUUAAUAGGCAUCUAGAAACUCUUUUGUUCGUAUUUAUCACACACAAAGAUGUAUGUAGUUUACGCUUUGCACACAAAGCUAUUUUGUCAGAAAGAAACAAACAUGAGACCCAAAUUCUAAGGCCCAAGUGGUUCUCGCUUCCAGGCUAUACGUGGUGCCACGUGAAACUAUGACGAAGCGUUCACGCACUUUCCUUAUCUCUAUCUGUUUCCUGGUAAAAAAAGCUAUGUUCUUUUUUAUUUAUUUUUUGUCGGAUUGGUGUGCAGUGUCUGCGUUCUUCACAGUUGGUUUUUCUAGACAUCAGGACUAAACCAAGCUCCUGACAAUUAAGACUUCUCGUCAUCGUGCGCAUUUGUGCACUGUACAGAGGAAAUGUGGUUGCGCGGCAGAGUACAGCCAGUGACGUGGUCCCUUCACAGUUGCAGUACUGCGACACUGCCGGGAAAGGUCAUUAUUUUUUGUGUACAUACGAAUGAAAUCUGGAUUGCAAACUGCUGUAAGGUGUCUUGUAGCUCGCUUUGUUUGCAUUUUUGUUUUUCUGCAGCUCGAUUUGGUUGGAGUAUGUAUAGAAGGGUUCGUUGCCCUUCCAAGGAAGUGAACAAUUUAGUGUUAUUAGUGGAUAAGAAAUAUAGAAAGAAAACGUGACGAUGGCAACGCUAAGUUUGGACGAGGUUGGCCGUAAGUGUUGUCGUCUCUUCCUGCGGUAUUGCGGCACCGCAAGUGUGAAGGUGCCUUUUGAAUCUGUUCACACGUCCUUCCUGAAGUUCAGUUCGAAGACGACCAGUAGUGUAACGUUUGCGGAAGGACGAUUCGUUGCCAAGAAAACCCCAGAUGCAGGGCUUCACGCGGCAAUCAACCGUAGGUGUGAACGUGCCUUACAUAGACAUGUUCACGUGAUCUUCCCUUGUAGAGAUUAAAUUAGAAAUGACCAGUAUAUUCGCCUUAGGCGAUAUGUGGAAGUAUAUUGAUGUGAGAGAAAACGCAAAUCCGUCUUGUUCUCUGCCAUUGAGAGGUCUACCGAUGUGAACAGUAGUGUUGCCCGUCGAUUUGAUCGAUCGUGACUAAUCCUGUACGUAUGAGAGCCGUACAUUGCUCCUGCAGUGAGCAGUGUAAACUCUUCGCAGGUAGUUGGGCGCUCUGCGCAAUCAUAUCAGUAUGAAAACCGCAAGCACGGAGAAGCAGAGCCACCACAAGUAUGAAUGUAUAUGGGAGAUAUAGUUACGUGUCCGUGAAAAGAAAAAAAGAACGCAACACGAAUUAUACAUUUGUUCAACAUAUCGCAGCAUUGAUGUCUUUGCUGACAACCAAGCGUUGGGUGCAAUCAGUCGAGAAGGCAAAUCGCAAAAUCCGGCAAACCGUACCGCAAGUGUGAACGGGGCCCCGACACAGGUUCAAUCAAGUUGACUGCCGCGUUGUUCGACGAACAUUUUGUUGGUGUGUGAACAGGAUAUCGCGGGAUGUUACUCCAAGGGUGUUCCUCUCCCUCGUCGUGCAUCGCUUCAUUGUUGUCCCCGCUCUCUUUGAAUCAAGUCCAUCUGUGUUAUUUUUACUGUACGACCAUUUUUUUUCUUUUUAUAAACAUAUUAUAAAUAUAUCUAUAUAUACACAAACGCAAACAGAAGACAAGACCUCAGACCUUAAGAAAAAGAAAAUGAACUUUGUUGACAAAGAGUAAUAUAUAUAUAUAUAUUUUCUAUGGGUGGCUCCCAUUUGUUGACAUAUAUUUCUAUCGUGGUGAAGCGUUUCACAUCGUACCAAUAUAGUAUAUAUCUAUACAUGGAUAUCUAUAUACAAACAAAUCUGCCGGUGUUCGAUGAUGAUGAUCGCAAGCUGCGCAUGAACAUUUCAAGCCAAGUAUGCGUGCAAACAAACAACCAACCAUGAAAAAAAAAAACGUGACAAACGUGCUGAUGUUACAGUCUCUUGAAAAAUAUUCGCUGUUGUGAAAUAAAAAAAAACUGAAUGAAAAAAAAAAAAAAAAAAA